AUGCAACAACUUGUGCAAAAAAGAAAGGAUGAGCAAUCCGUUGAGAUAUCCAAUGAAGUGGAUAAGUACUUGAUGGAUCCUUUUGAAAGCCCCUUGAGCAAACAAUUCAAUCUCUUGAAUUGGUGGAAAGGGAACCAAACAAGAUAUCCUAUUCUUUCGCAAGUUGCCAAGGAUAUCUUUGCAAUUCCAAGUUCUACGGUUGCUAGUGAAAAUGCUUUUAGCCUAGGCAAGAGGAUUGUGGAUCCUUUUAGAAACUCUUUGCAUCCUAAAAUGGUAGAGACAUUAGUGUGUACUAGUGAUUGGCUUAGAGCGGACGAAUUUUCCUUUUACAAGGAACCAACGGAUGAUGAGGUUGAAUUCUACAAGGAAAUGGAACAUAUGACAACUUAUAGCAUUGGUGCUCAAACAACACAACGGGGUUCCUCAAAUCCACUCACCACCAACACUUGA